AUGGUAAAUAAUCAAAACAGUGUUUCUAGCUCCCCUCCACAAACUGUGGAAGGGAGCCCCAAAGAAGAAAAAGUAGAGAAGAAAAGUGGCAUGGGUCUGAUAUUCUUCACUCUCACACUCAUCAGUAUUCGAGUGUCCGGAGGAAUCGUUGGAAUCUCAUAUGCUGCAGAGCAUAUUGGAUUCUUACUAACCUUCAUAUUACAGACUAUGUAUUUGCCUCUCGGUGUGCUCUCAUGCUGGAUGUUCCUCAAGGCGAAAGAUAUUACAGGAAGAGCCUCUUUAUCAGAUCUUGGCAUCUAUUCUUAUGGAAGAACAGGAAUCUAUCUCUUCAACUUCCUGAUUGCUCUUGGAAAUUUGGGCUUCAUCAUAAUUUUCUUGAUAGUUUUUGGUGAUGUCUCUGCUAAUCUGCUAGAGAGGCUAGGAGUAGACAGAAAUUCGUUCUUAGCAUCAAGACUCUGAACACAAGGAUUCAUUUGCAUUGUAUUGCUAUAUUUUGUACUUAAAAAAGAGAUGCACAGUCUCAGGUAUUUUGGAUUCAUGCAAAUAUGCAUUUGUAUGAUAUUCCUUAUAAUUUUUCUAAUCCAUUCAAUUGUAAGGGAUAAUCCUCCAACAGGAAAGGUCGAUAUUUUGAAGACACGAUUCAACAUAAGAUUCUUUGCAGUGCUUCCAACUCUAUUCACCUCACACGGGUUCCAGUCGGCCUACUUCACAGCAUUCUCAUCAUUAAAGAAUAAGACUAACAGAAAUGGAAUUUUAGGAGACUUAUUUGGAAGAAUCACAUUGUAUAUCGUUUUCAACAUUACUAUUUUCAUCGCAGCAGCUUUAUAUGGAGAUGAGAUAGAGAAAAACCUUCUAAAAUCAAAUGCAACUGAAGAAGGAAUCCUCCCUGCUCUAAUGGAGUUCGCAUUUGUAUUGAUUCCAACACUAACGAUUCCUGGAAUCUUCUUUGUUGGAAAAGAAGGAGCUUUAAUAAUAUUCGAUGAGAUUACACGGAAGAGCUACUCUAAACAGAAUUUCAAAGAAUCUCAGAAACAUUCUAAAAGUGCCAAAGUUCAUGACAUUGAAAAUUUAGAAAAUUUUGGUGAAAGGAGAAACCAGGUUGACAAUAUUCACCAAGAAAAUAAUUUAGACCUUCACCCAAAUUUGAAAGGGAUUCAGGAAUUAAACAAUGCAAAGACGAUUAACCCAAAGGAGUACUUGAACAUGAAGCCUGGCUAUUACUACUUGGUCACUAUCAUAUGCUACUUGUCAGUCCUGAUCCUCUCUGUUACUGUGCAAGACGUGACCUUCUUCUUCGGAGUUGUUGGGUCCACUCUUGGAAGUUUCUCAAUGUGGAUUGGGCCUGGCUCCUUCUUCAUAAUGGCUGUCCACAAAGAGAAGUACAAGUUGGAUUCUAAGCUAGACAAACUAACCUAUGCUUGUUCAUAUUUUUAUGUAAUAUUUGGACUAAUGUGUCUCUUCGGAUUGAACACAUGAGUCAUUCUUAAUAUAAUAUAA